AUGCGUUGCAUGGAUAAGGUGACCGAAGACGUUUUCUUUGAGAUUUUAGGAAAACCUGAAAUAGGCCGUGUCCAGAGGCACGAUGGGAAAGACCUCGAGUUCGGCGUGCCGAAGUAUAUCGUGAAGCCCACCUCAUAUCGAACACGUUCUUGGAACUCGACUCAGUCGAUCAAAAUAAUUGACUUCGGAGAAUCAUUUUUAUGUAAUGCCGCUCCUCACACGCUGCACACACCUUUACCAGUUCGGGCACCCGAAGUUCUAUUCCAGGAUCCAAUUGAUCAUCACGUUGACUUGUGGAGUAUGGGCUGCAUGCUCUUUGAACUUUUCACGGGCCAGCCACCUUUUGACACCUUUCUAAUAACGACCCCAAUUCUCAUCAGUCAAAUGCAAGAGAUGGCGAGUGAUGAUCUGCCUAAAAGAUGGCAAAAGAUAUGGGAUACCAUGGAUAAAGGGGACGUGACCGCGGAAAGCCCCGGGCCCAACCUGCACGAAUGGCUGGAAGAAGUGUAUUUUGAUGGACGCCGGACCCCUGAUCUCACAAGAGAGGAUAUAACAAAGCUGGGAGAAAUCAUUGGAAGAUUGUUGUGUUUUGAACCGUCGGCAAGAGCAUCAGCGAGGCAGAUCCUCGAUGACCCGUGGUUUAAUGAGUAG